AUGCAGAAGAGCGUGCGUUACAACGAGGGGCACGCCCUGUACCUGGCCUUCCUGGCGCGCAAGGAAGGCACCAAGCGCGGCUUCCUAAGCAAAAAGGCGGCCGAGGCGAGCCGCUGGCACGAGAAGUGGUUCGCUCUUUACCAAAAUGUGCUCUUCUACUUCGAGGGCGAGCAGAGCGGCCGCCCGGCGGGCAUGUAUCUCCUGGAAGGCUGCAGCUGCGAACGGACGCCCGCGCCACCCAGGACCGGUGCCGGCCCCGGAGGCGGCCGGGACGCGCUGGACAAGCAGUAUUAUUUUACUGUCCUUUUUGGACACGAAGGUCAGAAACCACUGGAACUGCGCUGUGAGGAGGAGCAGGACGGCAAAGAGUGGAUGGAGGCCAUUCACCAAGCUAGUUAUGCAGACAUUUUGAUUGAAAGAGAGGUGUUAAUGCAGAAGUACAUUCAUCUAGUACAGAUUGUAGAGACAGAAAAAAUCGCAGCUAACCAACUCCGGCAUCAACUUGAAGAUCAAGAUACAGAAAUUGAAAGGCUUAAAUCAGAGAUUGUUGCCCUGAAUAAAACGAAGGAACGAAUGCGCCCUUACCAAAGCAACCAGGAAGAUGAAGACCCAGACAUCAAGAAGAUUAAAAAGGUUCAGAGCUUCAUGAGAGGAUGGCUGUGUAGAAGAAAAUGGAAGACCAUUGUGCAAGACUAUAUUUGUUCUCCACACGCUGAAAGUAUGAGGAAGAGAAAUCAGAUUGUGUUCACCAUGGUGGAGGCAGAGUCAGAAUACGUGCACCAGCUCUACAUCUUGGUCAAUGGGUUCCUCCGGCCCCUGCGGAUGGCAGCCAGCUCCAAGAAACCCCCCAUCAGCCAUGAUGAUGUCAGCAGCAUUUUUCUCAAUAGUGAAACAAUCAUGUUUCUUCAUGAAAUAUUUCAUCAAGGACUGAAGGCAAGGAUAGCAAAUUGGCCUACUUUAAUUUUAGGUAAGUGCAUCCCUAGAUAUAUCAUCACGCUGCAUGAACUCCUGGCUCACACACCUCAUGAGCAUGUGGAGAGAAAAAGUCUGGAGUUUGCUAAGUCAAAACUGGAGGAACUGUCCAGGGUGAUGCAUGAUGAAGUGAGUGACACUGAAAACAUAAGGAAAAACCUUGCUAUUGAAAGAAUGAUAGUGGAGGGCUGUGAUAUUUUGCUGGACACCAGCCAAACUUUCAUCCGCCAAGGUUCUCUUAUUCAAGUACCUUCAGUUGAGAGGGGAAAACUUAGUAAAGUUCGUCUGGGUUCAUUGUCUUUGAAAAAGGAAGGAGAGAGACAGUGCUUCUUAUUUACAAAACACUUUUUAAUUUGUACAAGAAGUUCAGGAGGAAAGCUUCAUCUGCUGAAGACAGGUGGAGUUCUCUCUCUCAUAGAGUGCACGUUGAUUGAGGAGCCUGAUGCAAGCGAUGAUGACUCCAAAGGUUCUGGGCACAUGUUUGGACACCUGGAUUUUAAGAUAGUGGUGGAACCCCCUGACGCUACCCCUUUCACUGUGGUAUUGUUAGCACCUUCACGCCAGGAGAAAGCUGCCUGGAUGAGCGAUAUCAGUCAGUGUGUGGACAAUAUACGUUGUAAUGGCUUAAUGACUAUAGUGUUUGAAGAAAAUUCCAAAGUUACUGUGCCACAUAUGAUUAAGUCUGAUGCCCGUCUUCAUAAAGACGACACUGACAUCUGCUUCAGUAAAACCCUCAACUCCUGCAAAGUGCCCCAAAUCCGCUAUGCCAGUGUGGAGCGCCUCUUGGAGCGACUGACUGACCUGCGGUUUUUGAGCAUUGAUUUCCUCAACACCUUCCUGCAUACUUACCGUAUUUUCACCACGGCUGCUGUGGUAUUGGCAAAACUCUCUGACAUCUACAAGAGGCCUUUUACCUCCAUCCCUGUCAGGUCAUUAGAGUUGUUUUUUGCCACCAGCCAGAACAACAGAGGCGAACAUUUGGUGGAUGGAAAAUCUCCACGACUGUGUCGCAAAUUCUCUUCCCCACCACCACUGGCAGUGUCCAGAACAUCCUCCCCCGUGAGGGCCAGAAAGCUGUCCUUGACUUCUCCCUUGAACUCAAGGAUAGGAGCCUUGGACCUGACCACAUCCUCGUCUUCCAGCAGCCCUACCACCACCCAUAGCCCUGCCGCGUCCCCACCACCACACACUGGUAAAGUACCGUUGGAUCUUAGCAGAGGCCUCUCUUCUCCAGAGCAAAGUCCGGGAUCUGUAGAAGAGAAUGUAGAUAAUCCCCGCGUGGAUCUGUGUAACAAGCUAAAGCGAAGUAUCCAAAGAGCCACAGUGCUGGAGUCCGCACCAUCAGAUCGAGCAGGAGUGGAAGGCUCCCCAGCAACAGAAGCCACUGAACACUCACCUUGCCGAUCUCCCUCAACUCCCCGGCACCUCCGCUACCGCCAGCCUGGAGGCCAGGUAGCCGACAAUGCCCACUGCUCUGUCUCACCAGCUUCUGCUUUUGCCAUUGCCACAGCUGCAGCAGGACACGGGAGUCCACCAGGAUUUAACAACACAGAGAGAACAUGUGACAAAGAGUUUAUCAUCCGGAGAACAGCCACCAAUCGAGUCCUGAACGUUCUCCGUCACUGGGUCUCAAAGCAUGCACAGGAUUUUGAACUCAACAAUGAACUGAAGAUGAAUGUCCUAAAUUUACUAGAAGAAGUUUUGCGAGACCCAGACCUUCUUCCCCAAGAAAGGAAAGCCACAGCAAAUAUCCUGAGGGCCCUUUCACAAGAUGAUCAAGAUGACAUCCACUUAAAAUUAGAGGACAUCAUUCAAAUGACUGACUGUCCAAAGGCCGAAUGUUUUGAGACUUUAUCAGCCAUGGAGAUGGCAGAGCAGAUCACUCUCCUGGAUCACAUUGUUUUCAGAAGCAUUCCCUACGAAGAGUUUCUUGGGCAGGGGUGGAUGAAGCUGGAUAAAAAUGAAAGAACACCUUACAUUAUGAAAACCAGCCAACACUUUAAUGAUAUGAGUAACCUGGUUGCCUCCCAGAUAAUGAAUUAUGCAGAUGUCAGUUCCCGUGCCAACGCCAUUGAGAAGUGGGUGGCGGUAGCAGACAUAUGCAGAUGCCUGCACAACUACAAUGGUGUGCUCGAGAUCACCUCGGCCUUAAACAGAAGUGCCAUCUACAGGCUGAAGAAAACCUGGGCCAAGGUGUCCAAGCAGACCAAAGCACUAAUGGACAAACUUCAGAAGACUGUUUCAUCUGAAGGAAGAUUUAAAAACCUCAGAGAAACCCUUAAAAACUGCAACCCUCCAGCUGUUCCUUAUCUUGGAAUGUACUUGACAGACCUGGCAUUUAUUGAAGAAGGAACACCAAACUUUACCGAAGAAGGCUUAGUCAAUUUUUCCAAAAUGAGAAUGAUAUCACACAUUAUCCGGGAGAUACGCCAGUUCCAGCAGACUUCCUACCGCAUAGACCAUCAGCCAAAGGUCACACAGUACUUGCUGGACAAAGCUCUCAUCAUAGAUGAAGAUACACUCUAUGAACUGUCACUAAAAAUUGAACCUCGGCUCCCUGCUUGAACAUCUGGCCUUGCUCCUGAGACCAUAGCAUUUGCUUGGGAAGCAGGACAGACAGAAUUGCGCAUGCCCUGUCUAACAGGCACAGUGAGGAUUGGGGGGAGGUGAAGCCCAUCUUCCUCCUCCACUGCAGAAGGAACUGGACUUCAAUUCUGUCUCCAGCCAGAGUCAAACCCAGCUGUGUGGGUCAAAGGCAGAUGUGUCAGCCUUGGGUGGGAAGGUGCAGAGACCAAUGCUUAGUAUAUUUUUCCUAAGGGAAGGUAAGAUGGGAAAUGCUGGUAACCAUUUCAGUGAAGCGGGUGUGAAGGUAAUCUCUCUCUGUCCUGUUAGAACUCAGGGACAGAGACCCACAAAUAGAUUUGUGAUGUUUCACUGGCAUCUACUGGCUGGGCCACACCUGCCCAAUCUCCCGUUGGGAUGUAACUGCUUCCUCUAUACUUCCUUUCAUCCCAAGCUUCACAAAAAGCAGAAGCUUCCUCGAGAAGGCCAAUACAUAAGCAAUUUCAGUCUACGGCAUGUGCAUGGUUUCAAAUGCAUCAUAAAUAUUCAGACUUUAGGAAACAGGAAAGGAAAUCAUAGAAGACAAAUGGAUUUGUUGGUAACAUUGACUUAAUUAACAACAAUAAGCUGUAUCCCAGAAGCCAUUGUAGGGUGGUAAUGGAGGCUUCUUCCCGAGACUGGUGGUCCCAGGAAGCCAGCCCCUGGAAGAGGCAAUGGCAGAGUUUUCAAAAGGGUGCAUGACACCUCACCGACAAAACUGUGCAAGAUAGAAGGCCAAAAGCACU